CAGCGGCGGCGGCGGCUGCAGCCCGCCUUGUGCGUUGCGUUGCGUUGCGUUGCGUUGCGUGCAGCUUGUGCGCAUGUUUUGGUGUUUGGAUGGUGUAGCGGUGCAGGUUAGAGUCAUUGCAUGGGGUUGAUGUCCAGCUGAAGGAAGCAAGCGAGGAUCUAUAAGACAAAAGCGUUCAGAGGGAUUUAGAUCGGAGAUACCCACACGUCAGGUGACACCAUGAGCAAAGUGCAGGGUGGGAUGAAAUGUCUGAAAUAUCUGCUUUUUAUUUUCAACUUCAUCUUCUGGCUGUCAGGCUUGUUGGUGCUGGCUGUGGGACUCUGGCUCAGGUUUGACCCAGAAACAGUGGAGCUCUUGACAGACGAUGGCGCCCCCGACACCUUCUUUAUAGCUGUGUACAUCCUUCUCGGUGCAGGAGGCCUGAUGAUGAUCGUUGGGUUCUUUGGCUGUUUUGGGGCCGUACGUGAGUCUCAGUGUCUCCUUGCGUCGUUCUUCGCUUGCCUUAUGAUAAUCUUUGGUGCAGAGAUUUCUGCUGGUGUGUUUGGAUUCAUAAACAAGGAACAGAUUGUUGAGGAAGUCCAAAAGUUUUACAGUAGCUCCAUUGCUGACGCCACCAAUUCAAACAGCACUGCAAUAGCUCUCAUUUACCACAGGACUUUGAACUGUUGUGGAGGAUCCAUGUCCGACUUGUCUAAUGAGCUGUGUGCAGACGCUCCACCUGACACCAAGGACUGUCUGUCUGCAAUAACAGACUUCCUCAAUGAAAAGCUGCAUAUCAUCGGAUACAUUGGGAUUGGUAUCGCAGGUGUAAUGAUCAUAGGAAUGAUCUUCAGUAUGGUGCUGUGUUGUGCCAUCAGGAACAGCAGGGAGGUUAUAUAGAUGUGAGUUGAGCGCCCCCUCCUUCCCCUCCUCCAUCCAUCCGCCCCCACCUUCCAGACCACUACAGGCCCACCGAGCCCUUCAUAAUCAACCUGUCUGCAGAGGAAGGGAAACGCCAAAGUUACAUUUCAAUGUCAUUUCUCACAGUCCAGACUGAUCUGGCAGGGAGUUUUCACUGGAUAUCACAAAUAGAGAGAGCACAAUACAUCCCACUCUUCCCAGUUAUCCACGGGCCACACUCAACACGAUACGCUGGAUCAUCAUUAUCUUCACACCUUCUCCACUGAAACACCGAUUUCUUUCUCCGCUCUUUUCCAUAACACAAGCUCAGCUUUUGGCAGGACUCUGUGACAUUCCCUGGUUAUAACAUCCUGUCGUUACACUGCCGGCGCUGCUGCUGCUGCUGCACUGUAGCCACAACACAGUACAUGAAGCCUUCUUUGACACACGAAUGUUGUGACUGAGGAGUACUUGCUGUAAAUAUGGACCCCUAUUUUAUGCAUCUGCUGUUAACAUUAUUUAUUCUGUGCCCUUUGUAGUCCUUUUUAUGUCAUUUACAGGCCUAAUGCCAAUCAUACUGUGUGUUUAAAUGUUUGGAGGACUAGCCUACCUUUGCAGAGUAAAUUUUACGUGCCUAUUUAGUCACGCAUACAAACCUCCAGCUACUCUACUAUUUAUCUUUUUCUUGUGAUCUCUGAAGACGUACGUAAAGACUGUGCUUGCUCCCUGCCACCACUCUAAAGUAUUGCUACUUUAAAGCACAAUAGAGGAAGUGUAGACAUGAUAUCAACCCAAAGGGUUAGGAAGGUCUGAUGAUAAACUGACACUCUGUAAAUUUCCAAAUUCAUGUAAAAGGUAACGAGUAACACCACAUCCUGCGCCCUUCUGGAGCAAGUGUGAACUGUAACAGUGAGCUAGUUUGCGUUUUGUGUGAAUUAUUGUGGAUGCAAAUCUUGUUGGUGUGCCAAUAAGAUAUGAAUUAUAGAAUAAUAUAGCUUAUGUUGUACUGUUAAACAUAAUAAAAAAAAACAUAUUGUGGUGCUUUUAUUGAUAUGUUUGGCUGUUCUCUGUUCCCUGCCUUUGAAGUGUCUGAAUCAUGAAUUUGCUUUUUGGAAGGAGUCAGGAGAAGGUGUCGGCAGACAGCAGAGCAAAACUGUUUCAUGAAUGUAAAUUUUGUGGUUGGUGAGGUUCCUGAACACGUCAGCGCUCCGUGUAGACUCACUGACGAGAAAUGGCAGCCAUGUAGAACAGCACCACCAUGCUAAAAAAGGAAUAGGGGAGGCAAGUUCAGGAAACUAAACCGCAAAUGUGACAUACAUAUAGACCACAAAGGGCCCAGUCACCCAGGAUUCUUUUAACAUGCCAUUGGUUUGACAAAUGUGACCUUGUGUUGAGAAUAUUUUUUUUUCAUCGUUUUCUGUUCAAGGUCAAGAAUGAACCUGUAAAGGUCAAAUGUUAUAUUGACCUGAGUAUCAAUAUGCUAUUCUCCAACUGUAAUUUCUACAUAAUUACCUGUAAUCAUUUUUUUUUAUAUUGCCUACUAAAUCAUUUAAAGCAUGA